CCGAUAAAUGGGGGUCUCCGCGGGGGGAGGGACACGGAGCGGCCCCACCACCACCGGACACAGCAUGGCCCGGGCCCCCCCCGGGCUGAUGGCGGCGUCACUCCUGCUGCUGCUGCUGCUGCUGUGCUCAGCCACCACCGCUGCCCCCCCCACGCCGCCCCCCUCGCACCCCCCGGGCCCCCUGACCCAUCUCCGAGGGUAUCUGGGCCAGGUGGGCUCGGCGGCCGAGAACCUCCUGGAGCGCCUCAGCCUCCCCGCGGCCCAGCAGCGGAUCCGGGUCGCGUACGAACAGGGCUCAGCGGCCGUGGUCACCUACACCGGGAUCCUCACGGACCAGCUCUACCACUGGUGGCAGGGGGACCACUGACCCCCCCAAAAUUGGGGGGUGUGGGGGGGACACCCCCCCAUGUGUGUGUGUCCCCCCGGCGUGUGUCCCCUCCUCAAUAAAGGCACCAGCUCUGGGGGUCUC